AGAAAUGUUCUGCAUUCCCUUGCAGAAGAGGAAGUUGGAGGCUGUUUCUCUUACAACCCAGUGCUCCCCAGCAACUCCAGUGGCACCAGCACCAGAAAUACCCACCCCCGUCUUUGCACAGCAGAAUGGUUCGGUGAGGAGACCAGUGUCGGUGGUCACUGGGCGGAAGAGGAAAGCUGGCUGCCUGGGGACUGAUGAGGACUCCCAGGACAGCUCGGACGGUAUUCCCUCGGCUCCCCGUAUGACAGGCAGCCUGGUGUCAGACAGGAGCCACGAUGAUAUAGUCACGCGGAUGAAGAACAUCGAAUGUAUCGAGCUGGGCCGACACCGCCUGAAACCCUGGUACUUCUCACCCUACCCACAGGAGCUGACCUCCCUGCCCGUGCUCUACCUCUGCGAAUUCUGUCUCAAGUACCUGAAGAGCCUCAAGUGUCUGCAGAGGCACCUGGUGAGUUGUCGUUUCUUAGUUGAAUGUGGGAGACAUGACAGUGAAUUGGAGAAUGUGAGGCGGUGGGAGCUAAUCGCUGCUUCUGUUUCUGGUCACAAACAGAAUUACUCGCAAAACUUGUGCCUGCUGGCGAAGUGCUUCUUGGACCACAAAACCCUGUACUAUGACACAGAUCCCUUCCUGUUCUACGUCAUGACAGAAUACGACUGCAAAGGCUUUCACAUUGUGGGCUACUUCUCCAAGGAGAAAGAGUCAACCGAAGAUUACAAUGUGGCUUGUAUAUUAACACUGCCACCAUAUCAGAGGAGAGGCUACGGGAAGUUGCUCAUCGAGUUCAGUUACGAGCUCUCGAAGGUCGAAGGGAAGACGGGAACUCCAGAGAAACCGUUGUCUGACCUGGGACUGCUGUCCUACCGCAGCUACUGGUCCCAGACCAUUCUGGAGAUUCUGAUGGAGCUGAAAUCCGAGAAUGGAGAGAGGCCACAGAUAACCAUCAAUGAGAUCAGUGAAUUAACCAGCAUCAAGAAGGAGGAUGUGAUCUCAACUCUGCAGUAUCUGAAUCUCAUUAACUACUACAAGGGUCAGUACAUACUCACGCUGUCUGAGGACAUUGUCGAGGGUCAUGAGAAGGCAAUGAUGAAGAGGCAUCUCCGUAUAGACUCCAAAUGCCUGCACUUUACCCCCAAGGACUGGAGCAAGAGGGGGAAAUGGUAACGGCAUGAAAGUCAGGACCACGCAGUGACAAAGAGAGAGAGAGACUGUCUGAGGACCAGGAGCAGAUACACAGCCUUCAGCAGCACUGCAUCGCUGUCUCUCUCUCUCUCUCAUGCACACACACACACGCGCUGUCCAUUUCAUUGCACUGAAACCGACUCUCCUUGUUGCGAGCGAGUGCUGACUGAGAUUUGCAAUGAACGACCGUUGACUUUGAAACCUCUCUUGCUGGUGCACAUGCUCCUCCUGAGCAUGCUGGAGUGCCGUCACCACGGGGGAGAGCUGGACGGAGAGGCAGGAUGUGAUACUCGGCUCGCUCCUGAGGGUCAGACCUCCUGGCACCAACCCCCAACUCCCCGGCCACCAUGUUGGAGUGUGGGUGAAGCGGUCACCGAAGCCGCUCUCUCCACGGUUACAGGUGCUGAGCUGUGAAGCCCCUCGGGUGUGCUCGUUGGCGGGAGUGGGUAUCCUGUACCUGUGUGCACGGAUACACUUCACCAGCCUGCACUUCCCAGGCAGGCAUCGGACUGCUAUCUGCUCCUGUUGGUGGGGAGGCACUGAGACACAAACCAGCAGGGAGCGUGAUGUUAUGCUUCGCUGUGCCUCAGCCAGCGUGAGGCACUGAAGGUUGUCACUUAGGAGCCCUGCACUGGCAAGGUCACAACAUGUCGCACUGCAGCUGAGGUGGUAACGGUGAGGGAGCUGUACCAGGCACGGCCAACAGGAGGGGCCAUAGCAGCCCAUACUCACUGAUAGGACACACUGAGGCUGACUGUGUAAUACAAUGACUCCAGUCUCCUCCAAUCUCGACCUACUUACAACUUCACACACUCAGGGUGGGGUUAGGGCAUCAUGGAUUAAAAAUAUGCAGGUAUGCCUCACCCCCACCCCUAACCAACCCACAGGCAAAGAUGUACUGCUUAUCGUUAAUGGCCACUUCCACCAAUUCUGGCUUUACUGCAUCUGCAGUAAAAAUGGCCACAUCCAACAGACACUGUCUCUCCUAAUGCUGUGGGAAAUAUACUCUAUCUAACCCUGUGCUGGGGACAGUCUAGAGGGAGCUUUACCCUGUAUCUGACCCUGUCCUGGGGAGUGUUUG